AUGGAUGAUUGUGUGGAGAAAGGGGAGGAGAGACCAGAGUCUCCAGGAUCCAUCUGUCUCUCUAUGAAGAGUGACCGGUCCAAAGAGGAACCUCUAACAUUCAGUAAUGAACUUGGACCUUCAGACACAAAAGGUCGGAUCCGCAGUCAGAGACCAGAGUCUCCAGGAUCCAGCUGUCUGUCUAUGAAGAGUGACAGGUCCAUGGACCGACCUCCAGGGUUCAGUAACACAAAAGGUCGGUACUGCAUUCAGAGACCAGAGUCUCCAGGAUCCAGCUGUCUCUCUAUGAAGAGUGACUGGUCCAUGGACCGACCUCCACUCUUCAGUAAAGAACCUGGACCCUCAGACACAAAAGGUCGUUACUUCAGAAGAGCAAAUUCUGCAGCCUCCAGUUGUCUGUCUACGAAGAGUGACGUCUCCAAAGAUCUACCUGAAAACUUCAACAAUGAAACUGCUCCAAUGAAACGGAGCUCCUACCAGUCGGCUUCAUCGGAAAAUCUGGGAUAUGGAAAAAGAUCCAGAGCAAGCCCUCCACAAGUUGUUCAAACACCAUCACCCUUUGUGGUUCCGGACGUACGCCGGUUUAUGGCGUCCUCGGCUCUGAGGCUGGGCAGCUUGUGGAUACCUGCGUCUCUCCAGUUACUCAUAUUGCAAAUAUGAAUCCUACAUGUGACGUCCUGCUGCUGCUGUUACGCUCAUCAGCUGUU